CAAAAGAACUGGCGAUGGGUCUGUCUGACGGGGAAACGAGGUCCCAUCUGCAACUGCUGGCCGAUCAGGUGACCAGUGAGUCGCUGGAGAGCACGAGGCGGUCUGUGGCGAUGUGCGAGAGAAGCUGGGACGCGGGGGUCACGUCCCUGGUCGCGCUGCAUCGGCAGGCGGACCAACUGGACGGGAUGGAGCAGGGGAUGCGACAGAUCCACGUGGACGUGCAGACGGCGAGCGGGCACCUGGCUGAGAUGCGGCGGUGCUGCGGCCUCUGCCCACUGCCGUGCUGGAGGGCCUCGCUGUUCGAGGACGGCCAGGAGUGGAAGAAGGAUGCAGAUGGGAAGGUGGUCGAGCGCCAGCCGCAGCGACUCCAGCGACCCCCCGUCGCCUCGGGCUACAUCUCCAGGCUGACGGACGACGAAAGGGAGGACGAGAUGGAGGCGAACUUGCAAAAGAUCGAUCGGAUCGAAAUGGCUAUGGAUCCGUCCGAUGGGGAAACGAGGUCCCAUCUGCAACUGCAGGCCGAUCGGGUGACCAUUGAGUCGCUGGAGAGCACGAGGCGGUCGGUGGCGAUGUGCGAGGAGAGCUGGGACGCGGGGGCCAAGACACAGGUCGCACUGCAAAGGCAGGGGGACCAGCUGGACGGAGUGGAGCAGGCGAUGAUGCAGAUCCGCGUGGAGGUGAGGGAGGCGAGCGGGAACCUGGCUAAGAUGCGGCGGUGCUGCUGCCUCUGCAUACUGCCGUGCCGGAGGGCAUCGCGGUUCGAGGAGGUCGCGGUGUGGAAUAGGAGCGGGAACGGGAAGGUAGUCGAGCGACAACCAAAGAGGCUCCCGCCACCCGAAGUCGCCUCGGACUGCAUCCCUAGGCUGACGGACGACGCAAGGGAGGAAGAGAUGGAGGCAAACGUGCAACGGAUCGCUCAAAUAAUCGGAAACAUGCGCGCCAUGGCCAUCGACAUCGGCUACGAGGUCGAGGCCCAGAAAGCGCAGGUGGCUGUCAUCGCCGGCAUGGCUGCAUCCAACGAAAUUCACAUCAAGGAAGUGAAUAAUCUCGCAGGCAAGAUUCUUAAAUCGCAGUCCCAUCUGCAACUGCUGGCCGAUCAGGUGACCAGUAAGUCGCUGGAGAGCACGAGGCGAUCUGUGGCGAUGUGCGAGAAGAGCUGGGACGCGGGGGUCACGUCCCUAGUCGCGCUGCAUCGGCAGGCGGACCAACUGGACGGGAUGGAGCAGGGGAUGCGACAGAUCCACGUGGACGUGCAGACGGCGAGCGGGCACCUGGCUGAGAUGCGGCGGUGCUGCGGCCUCUGCCCACUGCCGUGCUGGAGGGCCUCGCUGUUCGAGGACGGCCAGGAGUGGAAGAAGGAUGCAGAUGGGAAGGUGGUCGAGCGCCAGCCGCAGCGACUCCAGCGACCCCCCGUCGCCUCGGGCUACAUCUCCAGGCUGACGGACGACGAAAGGGAGGACGAGAUGGAGGCGAACUUGCAAAAGAUCGAUCGGAUCGUUAGGAACAUGUACGACAUGGCCAACGACAUCGGCUACGAGGUCGACGCUCAGAACGCGCAGGUGACCGUCAUCGCCGACAUGGCCACGUCCAACGAAGGUCGCAUCGAGGACGCCACUCAUCAGACCGGCAAGAUCCUCAAGGAAAAGAGGGCGCCUCUGCAACUGCAUGCGGAUCGAAUGACCAACGCAUCUCUGGAGAGUAUGAGACGGUCGGCGGCGCAUUGCGCUGAAAGCUGGGACAAGGGUGUCAAUACCCUGAUCGCUCUGCAUCGGCAGGGGGACCAGCUGGACGGGCUGGAGCAGGCGAUGCGGCAGAUCCGCGUGGAGGUGAGGGAGGCGAGCGGGCACCUGGCUGAGAUGCGGCGGUGCUGCGGCCUCUGCCCACUGCCGUGCUGGAGGGCCUCGCUGUUCGAGGACGGCCAGGAGUGGAAAGAGGACGCAGAUGAGAAGGUGGUCGGACGACAACCGCAGCGUCUCCCGCCUCCCCAAGUCACCUCGGGCUACAUCUCCAGGCUGACGGACGACGAAAGGGAGGACGAGAUCGAGGCGAACUUGCAGCAAAUCGUUCAAUUAAUCGGGAAUAUGCGUGACAUAGCCAUCGACAUCGGUCAAGAGGUCGACGCUCAGAGCGCGCAGGUCGACGGCAUCGCCGGGAUGGCCGCGUCCAACCAAGGUUGCAUCAAGGACGUCACUCAUCAGACCGGCAAGAUCCUGAAAUCGCAU